AUGAUCCUACAAGACACCGCACAGCACCUGAAGGCAAUAUUCAGCCGCUUCUGGGCACAACUCAGAGACCGCAUGAGAGCAGCACAAAUCACUCAGAAACCUGCACGGAUGGCAGGUAAGAGAGGCAGCUGGCGGCGGGGACAGGGGAGUGUACCCUUGGGCACAGCGACAGGCGACCCACACACCCCCAAACCACAGAGCCCACCCGGGCUGAAGGCCAAAAGGGAGAAGACCCGGACGCAUCGCCCACAGGCAAGGAGGCUUUAUCGCCGCAAGCGGCCAAAGCCCAUCAGGCCCUCCAUUGCCCCCGUCAGGGGAAGAAACUCAGGCUCCAGCAGUUGCAGAGUUUGUGGCACCGAGAUGCAGGCCUACAUAACAGCCUGGGGCUGGAAGGAUAUCUUCACACUGCCCACCGCUGCUGCAGCCUUCAACACCACACCAACCAAUGCUCACUGUUUCACAAGAGACGGCAUCGGCUAAUAGAGACUCUCUACACAAAGUCUCCGGACAGGUCAGCGCCAGGCCCAUAAUCUCUCACUUUAAGCCUGUUAAACUAGGUGUCGAGGACUGACAACCAUGGAGAACAGAAAGCAUAAACACACACAACUCCGAACCACAGUGCUUUACAAGCAAACAGUAAUGCUUAAUGACGUGCAAAUGUUAUAUUUUCUUUUAUGUCUACUGUUAUGAUCUCUCAUUACGCAACCUACACAUUAUACCUUAAGCGUCAACCAAGCAUGUCAACCAUAUCAUAUCUAUGAGUAUGUAUAGCGAAGUACCUCUCUUUUAAUCGUUAAUUUAGACAUGUUGUGUUUAACCUAUAUUUAUCUCCACCUAACAUUCUGGCCACUUCUCUAAGCACCUCACAGGCCAUGGUCACCACUAGCGAUAACCUUUGAACACACACCCUGCAGUAGGUGCCCAUAUUGAAACACGAACAACUAAACUCUAAACGAACUUCUUGCAUUGUUUAGCCCGGCACGUUAGUAGUUAAUAGUUUUAUGCUUCACAUAACCCUUGCCACAAACCAUGCCACAAUAUACGGCAAAACAAGCCAAGAUAAAAACUUGACUUGUAAGCAUAUAGCAGCUAUAUGCGCGACUAUUGAAAUGAUUUAGCUAGUAUGUAACCUGCCAUAAAGUGCUAGCUGCAUUAAAACGGCUAAUUUAGCAUUGUUAAGCUCUAAUUGUUGAUUGUCCUUAUUAUUAUUUGUCUCCUCUACUUUAACUUAGAUACUAUAACUGUUUAGUUAAGCUGGAUAAAAAUUAUAGAAAAAUGUGCAUAUUCUCAUGCCACUGUCUAACAUGUAUUGAUCUUGUUAUACGCUGUUGUGGCGUUCGUUGACACCAUGUACUCACCUGCACAAUAAAAAUAAAGAAUUUUAAAAAUAAAUAAAUAAAUAAAUAAAAAUAAAAUAAAAUAUUAGAUAAAUAUUUCUGAAAUUAUGUAUAAACAUAGAUAUAUAUUUUUGCAAUCAUAUUGUUUUCUGACAGGCAACUAUAAUAUUGUUAUAAACAUAUAAAAUGUUUUAGCCAAAAGCUGCUAUUACGUAAAAUAACUUAUGUAUUUUGCCACAAAUAAAGUGCAUAAAGAUUUAAAUAUGAGUUUGAAUUAUUUUUAUGGAACAUGAUAAGAGGUGUAUUUUUCAUGUAAACAUAACAAUUUUAACAUAAUUUAAGCAAAUUACUUGUAGUAACCACUAAUCGUAUAUUUAAAGGACCAGUUUAGGUAUAAUAACGUCCGUGUGUGACCAGGAGGCUACUUACCUACAUGCAUGAUAGCCCCGCCCUCUCCUAAUCCCACUAUGGUAAUGAGUUUUCCAAAUAUCUGAUGGAACACAGGUCCUCACGUUUUAAUCAGCCUUCUCCCUUAAGCAACUUUCAUCUACCUAAAACAAGCUCAUCUUUUGACUCUGUGCUAAACUCAUGGAUUUGAUUUAAAGGACCACUAUAGGCACCCAGACCACUUCAGCUUAAUGAAUCUGGGUGCCUGGUCCAGCUAGGGUUAACCCUUUUUUUUUUUUUUUUAAAGAAAAACUGCUAUGUUUAUAAUAGGGUUAAUCCAGCCUCUAAAGCCUCUAGUGGCUGUUUCAUUGACAGCCGCUAGAGGCGAUUGCGUGCUUCUCACUGUGAAAAUCACAGUGAGAAGACACCAGCGUCUAUAGGAAAGCAUUGUAAAUGCUUUCCUAUGAACUGGCUGAAUGCAUGCACGGCUCCUGCCGCGCAUGCGCAUUCAGCCGAUGACAUCGCUAUGAAGGAGGAGAGGACGAGGAGAGCUCCCUGCCCGGCGCUGGAGAAAGGUAAGAUUUUAACCCCUUCCUCUCCUCAGAGCCCGGCGGGAGGGGGGCCCUGAGGGUGGAGGCACCCUCAGGGCACUAUAGUGCCAGGAAAACGAGUAUGUUUUCCUGGCACUAUAGUGGUCCUUUAAUAUUGUUCAUGAUUUCUGGAUUGUUUGUUUUUUAAUGGUUUGUGCUGGGAUUAACCAUCCUAUUUGAACCAAGACUUAUUUGAGUACUAGAAAUACGGGGACUUCCUAUAGGUAAGGGAGUGUCGAGAAUACAUUUUAUUUUUUUAUUCUACUGUUCAGUGUGUUUAUAAUAAGCUUGUCAGGGUGGAGUUCUUUUGUCAUGAGGUGAAUUGAACUGUUAAGCUGUUCAGUUGAAUUAUACAUAAAACAAAGUAAAAAACACCUCAAUCCACUUGAACAGUAAAAGCAAAUUAACAUGGGCUGUGCACUUGAUCUAUCCUCUAUCACAUUUUAUACCUUAAAAUACCUUAAGUUCUGGGGAAAAAUGUAUAGGAACUAACACAAGAUUUUCACCUCCCCAAGAUAGGUGAAAUAUUCUGUGUUUGCUUUGCACAGCGCAAGUGAAUUUAAUGACACACUUGCAUGCGUUUCCUGGUUUUCCCAUAAGCAGGAUACCAAAAACAAAAAUUUGGACAGGUCUGGCGUGUGUGUAAAAGGCUGUUUAUGGUCAAGUGUGUGUAAUGGGAUCUGUUUGUGGUGUACCACAUGUAUAGGGGCUGUAGUGAUUCGUGUGUAGGGCUGUAGGGUGUGUGUUUAUGUAUAUUUGGGGUUGCAUUGUGUGUAUCAAGGAGCUGUCAUGUAUAUGUGUGUAUGUAUGUAUGUAUAUAAGGGUUGUACUGUUUGUGUGUAGGGUGAAGUGUGUAUGUUGUAUGGUUGUGAAUGUUUGUGGUGGUAAAGUGUGUAUGAGUUAGAUAAAUAUGUAUGGGGGUAUACUGCAUUUGUGUGGGUAGGUGUACUGUGCAGGGGAAUUUACUGUGUGGGUUUAUGGUCUGUAAGCAUGCAUUGUGUGUGGGGGGUGGUACAAGAUCCAGCACACUCACUUAUUCAGUAAACCACAGUUUCAUGGCUCAAAGAAUGUAAUUGUUUUAUUUAAAAACACCUCACCUAGGAAAAAACAAUGGGACUUUAGUUACAGUAUAUGAUCAUACAUUGCAUAACCUACCACAAUGUCAAUGUACCCCAUUCUUGGCAGGAAUGCAAUUGCAACUUCUAAUGAAAUUAAUCCACUUACUUGUGAAAUGCUCCCUCCUGAAAAUCUCUGCAGGGCAAGGCCUCUUUGACGAAUGAGUGCUCUGAAUUUUGUAUGUUGUAUACAUUAUCCCCAGCAGCACCCUUAUAUAUGCAUGUUUAGGUUAAGUGCAGCCUCUUGGAUAUAUAUAUAUAUAUGGCAUAUAUAUAUAUAAUACAAAUCCAUAUAUAUUCUCCCCUCCAUUGCAGGGAGUAGUCAGACUUCACUGGGCCAUGAGAUGAGUUAUCUCUCUUGCGUCUCUUGCAUUGGUACUGUAAGUGUUGGCACAAUUGUCAAGAUUUAGAAACAACAUUCUAGGGACACUUUGAUUUCAGGGACAGUUUCUAAGGAAAUCAUAUGUAUUAAGUAACACUAGUUUACUUUAUAUCUUAAAGGAACUUUUUAGGGAUGUAUGCACUUCUUGACACACACUCGCUGACAUACUCACACCCACUGACACGUACAUACACACACAAUGACCCAAACCCACACAGACUGACCAAUAAAUGCAUACACAUACACACACACUUACACACACAAAUACAGUGACCCAUGUAGGCACAUGCAGGCCUAAACACUGACCUAUAUACAGAAGCACUCCCUGACAUAUACACUCACCCAUACGUACACACACAGACUGACCAAUAUGGACAUGCACACACUCACUGACACUGUAAUGCUCCUAUUGUAAAGACUCCAUAAUCAAAAUAUUGACUGGCAGCUUUUUGGAAAUUUUACUAAUCAGUAGAUGCUCUAGCAUUUGUCUUUGUUUUUGGUUUUGUAGAGCCUGAUUAUGGACUAAGCACGCUAGACCAAUACCUAACCCUUAACUACAGUGGGGGACAGAACUGUGGUCUCAAAUGUGAGAAAGAGUUUGAGGACAUCGUAAAAGUAAUGUGCAGCUAG